CACACGACUCGAUAGAGGAGAACAAAAAUAAGGAACGAUUGCCACAACGAUGCCUUACAAGCGCCGUGCCGCAAGGCCCAAGAUGCAAUCCAAUUCCACACUUGUGCAGCGCUCGGACGCGAAGUCCACCGACUUUUCCAGUGGCAGUCAGGCUGCCAUCGAUGGUGUGUCCAGUGCUCGAAAACCUUUCCUAUCGUAUCGCACUUGCGGCAGAAAUAGAUUGUUUCCUCUAAAGAAGCGAUCCAAGGCGGAGAGGCGUGCCUUGGCAACGACUCGGAAGCAUUUAGAUUCCAAUUUCAAAGAUGAAGUAGAGGAAACGGCAGUUGAAAGCACUCAUAUUCACACAGCUUAUUGGAUGCACAAAUAUCGCCAUUUCUUUUUGAUUUUAGUGCUGCUUAAUGCCAUAUUUUUUGGCUACAUUUUCUACUUGCGGCCCGAGGACACGGCGGACAAUCGCUACGAGAAAAAGAUGCUGGGUGCAGGCAUGCCACUGAAGAAACUCUUCAGCGUGCUGAGAUGGCUCGCUGGACCUGAUAUCUUUUGAGUUUGUUCCGCAUUUUGAUUUUAUUUUGUUAUU